AUGGGCUGCGGCGGGAGCCGGGCGGAUGCCAUCGAGCCCCGCUACUACGAGAGCUGGACUCGCGAGACGGAGUCCACAUGGCUCACGUACACCGACUCGGACGCGUCGCCCAGCAACGCCACCCCGGACAGCGGCCCCGAGGCGGGCGGCCUGCACGCAGGUGGGCUGGACGAUGGCGUGUCCUCCAACAGUGUGCCCCGAUCGACAGCCCCAAGUGGAAUACCCAACCCAGAAAAGAAGAUGAGCUGUGGGACCCAGUGCCCAAAUCCCCAGGGCCUCAGCUCAGGCCCCCUGACCCAGAAACAGAAUGGCCUCCGGACCACAGAGGCUAAAAGAGACGCUAAGCGGACAUCUGGAAAAGAAGUCACCAUUAACGUCGCAGACAGCAUCCGACAGGUGGACAGAAGUCGAAGAAUCACAAAGAACUGCAUCAACUAG